AUGGCCGCCCCGAAGGCCCUUCCACGGGUCCACGAGACACGCCCUCCACCAAGACAAGCGGCCCCAACAGCGCCGCCCGCCGCAACUCAAGACUCGCAAGAGCCGGCAAAGGAGCCAACCUCAAAGUCGAGCGGACCGGCAGCGCAAAAGCCCAGAGCCACUCGCCCGCGGCCAAGGCUACGUCCGCUGAAGGCGGCCAUGAAACUCACGCCCGCCGCCGUAGAGCAGCUCCGGUCGAUGCUAGACCAGCCAGAGCCCAAACUCAUCAAGGUCGGCGUCCGUAACCGCGGCUGCAGCGGUCUGGCGUAUCACCUGGAAUACGUGGACAAGCCGGGCGCCUUUGACGAACUCGUCGAGCAAGACGGAGUCAGGGUGCUCAUCGACAGCAAAGCCCUCUUCAGCAUCAUCGGAACCGAAAUGGACUGGGCCGAGGACAAGCUCAACCAGAGAUUUGUCUUUAAAAACCCCAACAUAAAGGAGCAAUGCGGCUGUGGCGAAUCUUUCAUGGUUCCUCGCAGCCCGUUGGCCCAGUGCCCAAUGGCCGUGUGCGGCAAAGGCAAACAGGACGACGGGUCGGCCGCCUCGGGCGCCAAAACACGCCGCAAGGUGACGGCCCCGUCCGCCAACGCGGCUGCCGGCAUGCGGCUGCAGCUCUCGCGAAUCGCCCUGUCUAGCCGUACAGACUUUGAAAAGCGAGUCUGGACGGCGCUCUGCCACAUCCCCGAGGGCCGAGUCACCACCUAUGGCCUCCUCUCCAAGCACCUCGGCUCGUCGCCCAGGGCGGUAGGCAACGCCCUGCGGCGCAACCCUUUUGCGCCUGAAGUUCCUUGUCACAGGGUUGUCGCGACUGGUAUGACGCUGGGAGGCUUCAAGGGCAGGUGGCCGCGGGACGGGGAGGGAAUCACGCUUGACGAGAAGCGAAGUCUGCUAAGGCGCGAGGGCAUCGAGUUUGAUGACAAAGGAAAGGUUUUGAGCACACCCUGGACAGGGUGGCUGUAG